CUAGACGUUUCAGGAAUGAAAUGAAAAAUUUGAAGGCGAAGUAUCCACUCAAGAAGAAGCCAAACUGAAGUUGCUGGAAGCCUCCAAUGUCUCCCAUAUUAAACAAUACUUUGACAUUCCCUCCAAACCGAACCAGUUUACAGUGCACACUAAAAUUGCUCCUACCAAAGCUUCAACCUUUAAGCCUCUCGAAAUAUGUCACCUGCUCUGUCUCUGUCCGUCUCCCUCUCUCCACUCUGCAAAUCUCAGGACAUUUCAAAGGAAACCCACCUUCCCAAAAACCCCAAUAGAGAAAACCCAUGUCAAAGCACUCACUCAAACUUCAAAUUUAGUAGGAGAUCGCUUUUAAACUCCACUACACUGGACCUAGUAGGAGCUGGGGCCCUCUCUGUUUCUAAGCCUGCAAGAGCAGAGCCAAAGCCAGAGCCAGAGAGCCCAGUUGCCUCAACUUCAAGCAGAAUGUCAUACUCAAGAUUCUUGCAGUACUUGGAUGAAGACGCUGUUAAGAAGGUGGACUUGUUUGAGAAUGGAACUGUUGCGAUCGCCGAGAUCUUCAAUCCCACAUUAGAUAAGAUCCAAAGGGUCAAGGUUCAGUUACCUGGAUUGCCACAAGAGUUGCUGAGGAAGAUGAAAGAAAAGAACGUAGAUUUUUCAGCUCAUCCUAUGGAAAUCAACUGGUUGCCAGCAGUUCUAGACUUGUUGGGAAAUUUUGCUUUUCCAUUAAUACUACUUGGAACAUUGCUGUUCAGAGCUAGUUCUACAAACACACCAGGAGGCCCCAACUUGCCUUUUGGACUUGGAAGGAGCAAAGCCAAAUUUCAGAUGGAGCCAAAUACAGGGGUAACAUUUGAUGAUGUAGCAGGGGUUGAUGAAGCAAAGCAAGAUUUCCAAGAGAUUGUUGAAUUCUUGAAAACUCCAGAGAAGUUUUCUGCUGUUGGAGCAAGAAUUCCCAAAGGGGUUCUUUUAGUAGGGCCACCUGGGACUGGAAAGACACUGCUGGCCAAGGCCAUAGCAGGAGAAGCAGGGGUCCCUUUCUUUUCUCUGUCAGGGUCAGAGUUCAUAGAGAUGUUUGUAGGAGUAGGAGCUUCUAGAGUGAGGGAUUUAUUCAACAAGGCUAAAGCCAAUUCCCCAUGCUUGGUUUUCAUUGAUGAGAUAGAUGCUGUUGGGAGGCAGAGAGGAACAGGAAUUGGUGGAGGAAAUGAUGAGAGAGAGCAAACACUCAAUCAGUUGCUUACUGAAAUGGAUGGGUUUAGUGGGAACAGUGGAGUGAUUGUUAUUGCUGCUACUAACCGCCCUGAAAUUCUCGAUUCGGCUUUGCUUAGGCCUGGCAGAUUUGACAGACAAGUCACUGUUGGGCUACCAGAUAUAAGGGGAAGAGAAGAGAUAUUAAAGGUGCAUAGCAACAACAAGAGGCUUGACAAGGAUGUUUCUCUUAGUGUUAUUGCCAUGAGAACUCCUGGUUUCAGUGGUGCAGACCUUGCAAACCUCAUGAAUGAAGCUGCCAUCCUUGCUGGUAGGAGAGGCAAAAACAAGAUAACAAUGAAGGAAAUCGAUGACUCAAUUGAUCGGAUUGUGGCUGGGAUGGAGGGGACAAAAAUGACAGAUGGAAAGAGCAAAGUUCUUGUGGCUUACCAUGAAGUUGGCCACGCUAUUUGUGCGACACUGACUCCAGGCCAUGAUCCAGUGCAGAAGGUCUCUCUUAUUCCCCGAGGCCAAGCUCGUGGCCUUACAUGGUUCAUACCGGAUGAAGAUCCUGCUCUUAUUUCUAAGCAACAACUGUUUGCGAGAAUAGUUGGAGGGUUAGGAGGUAGGGCAUCAGAGGAAGUGAUUUUUGGGGAGCCAGAAAUAACAACUGGUGCAGCAGGAGACUUGCAACAAAUCACACAGAUAGCACGACGGAUGGUAACAAUGUUUGGCAUGUCUGAGAUUGGACCGUGGGCAUUGACAGACCCCGCAACGCAAAGCAGCGAUGUAGUGUUGAGAUUGCUAGCAAGAAACAACAUGUCUGAAAAGCUCGCUGAAGACAUUGAUUUGUCAGUGAGACAUAUAAUUGAGAGUGCAUAUGAACUGGCAAAGAACCAUGUGAGGAACAACAGGGAGGCCAUGGAUAAAUUAGUAGAAGUGCUUUUAGAAAAGGAGAUCCUCACAGGAGAUGAAUUCAGAGCAAUUCUGUCUGAAUUUACUGAUAUUUCUGUGGCGAAGUUAGAUAGGAAAUCUCAAUGUCUCUAUCUCCUCAACCUCUGCUUCACAUUCAAACAACUCUCUCAGGUUCAUGCCCAAAUCCAAGUAUCUGGCUUUCAAAGAGACCACUUUCUCCUAACCCAACUCAUUCGCUUCUGCGCUUUGUCUCCCUCCAAAAACUUCAACUACGCUCGAACCCUUCUCGACCACUCUGAGUCUUCACCACCUUCUUCGUGGAACUUCCUCAUCAGAGGCUAUGCCUCGAGCGACACGCCCAGAGAGGCCAUCUGGGCCUUUCGUGCAAUGCUCGGCCGGGGUAUUAGACCCAACCAACUUACCUUUCCUUUUCUGAUCAAGUCUUGCGCUUCGGCCGCCGCCCUUAAAGAAGGGAGGCAAGUACAUGUAGGCGUUGUGAAGUGCGGUUUGGACUGUGACGUGUAUGUUCAGAACAACUUGGUUCAUUUUUAUGGGGCUUGUAAGAAGAUUAAGGAUGCACAGCGUGUGUUCGAUGGAAUGUCGGUGAGAACUGUUGUUUCGUGGAAUGCGGUUCUAACUGCUUGCGUUGAGAAUUUCUGGUUAGAUGAGGGGAUUGGGUAUUUUGUAAAGAUGAGGGAUUGUGGGUUUGAGCCGGAUGAGACUACAAUGGUGGUCAUGUUGAACGCCUCCUCGGAGCUUGGGAACUUGAGCUUAGGGAAAUGGGUUCACUCCCAAGUAAUUGAAAAGGGUUUGAUUUUGAAUUGUCAAUUGGGUACUGCACUUGUUGACAUGUAUGCAAAAUCUGGGGCUUUGGUUUAUGCCAGGCUAGUUUUUGAUAGAAUGGAGUUGCGGAAUGUGUGGACAUGGAGUGCAAUGAUUCUAGGACUAGCCCAGCAUGGGUUUGCCAAGGAAGCCCUUGAACUUUUCCCAAAGAUGUUGAACUUCUCAGUACGCCCGAAUUAUGUCACUUUUCUUGGCGUUCUCUGUGCUUGUAGCCAUGCUGGACAGGUGGAUGAUGGGUACCAAUACUUUCACGAUAUGGAACAUGUGCAUGGGAUUAAACCCAUGAUGAUACACUAUGGUGCCAUGGUUGAUAUCUUAGGUCGUGCUGGCCGUCUGAACGAGGCUUAUAGCUUCAUCAUGAGCAUGCCCUUUGACCCCGACCCCAUUGUAUGGAGAACAUUGCUUAGUGCAUGCAAUACGCGUGAUGCUAAUGACGAUGAAGGGGUAGGAAAUAAAGUAAGUGAGAAGUUGCUUGAAUUGGAGCCAAGCAGGGGAGGGAAUCUUGUGAUGGUCGCAAACAUGUAUGCUGAAGUUGGGAUGUGGGAGAAAGCGGCCAAUUUGAGGAAGGUUAUGAAAGAAAGACGGGUGAAGAAGACGGCAGGGGAGAGUUGCGUUGAGUUAGGCGGGUCCAUCCAUAAAUUCUUUUCUGGCUAUGAUUCUCGAGCUGAUUAUGAGGGUAUCUACCAGUUACUAGAUGUAUUGAGCUUGCACAUGGAGUUGGUUAACAUGUAAUCAAAAUCAGUUGCCAUGUUUGAUUUCAAAUUUUUAUUAAUGGAUAGCGCAUUGCUGAUUUU